UGAACCAAAACAUGGCGGCUGCCAUGGAGCUGAGAUGCUGGGGAGGAGACUGGGGUUUGCCUUCUGUUCACACCGAGUCCCUCAUAGUUCUGGCAUACACCAAGUUUUCUGGGGCAAAAGUCGCAGUUUCUCCAAUAGACUGGACAUGGAAAACAAUUACAGUGACUGUCCCAGAAUUGCUUUGUGGCGACACUGCAGUUCAAGAACCAACACAAAUUCUUAACUUUCUGAGGAAACAAAGGUUUAAUGCAGACUAUGAGCUGACAGCCAGACAAGGAGCAGACACGAUGGCCUACAUCGCUCUGCUGGAGGAGAAGCUGCGACCAGCUCUGCUGCACACGUUCUGGGUCGAUGCAGAAAACUACUCCAAUCUAACACGGCCCUGGUUCGCCUCACGCUCGCCGUUCCCGCUGAAUUUUCUCGUACCAGGACGUCUCGCCAGUGGCGCCCUUUCCCGCAUCCUUCUAACCACAGGAGAGGCGCCACUGCACAGAAUCUCUGAGGUGGAGGGAAAGAUCUACAGUGAUGCUAAAGAGUGCCUGAACUUGCUCUCCUACAGACUGGGAACAGCUAACUUCUUCUUUGGCAACUCGCCGAGCAGUCUGGAUGCCUUUGUGUUUGGUUUCCUGGCUCCCCUUCAUAAAGCCAGUCUUCCCAGCAGUCCUCUGCAGAGCCAUCUCAGACAGCUGGAUAACCUUACAGGCUUCUGUGACAAUAUCCUCGCAGUCUACUUCAGCUCGGACCACCUUUGUAAGAUUGCUGCACAAGCUGGUCCUCUCCCACCUGUUCAGGAAACAAUGGAUGCCAACCUCCAGAAACUAACUCAGCUUGUAAACAAAGAGUCCAAUCUGAUAGAAAAGAUGGAUGACAACCUGCGCAGCAGCCCACAGCACAAACCCCACAGACCAGAGCCCAAACCCAGUCUGUCCAGUGCAAAGAGCUCUACUCCUGCCUAACACCUGACCUUUAAAUCCUGCUCCAUCUCUAUGAAUCGCAGAGCAGCGCCCUGGACACAUAAGAUGCUGUUCAGAACAUGACUCUAAAAAACAAAAACAAACAAAAAAUGAAUGGAAGCAUAACUAUAUAAAUACAAGAGGCUAUUUUAAGAUAAUGAUGAGAGAUUUUGUUUGGAAGAGAAGUGACAGUGCAUGUGAGGCUUUUAAAAAAAAAAAAAAAAAAAAUGAAGCGUGCAUGUAUGUGGUCAGCGAUGGAUUGCUGUGAAGUGGUGCUUAAUGAGAAAGACACAGAAAGUUCAAAGAAAAAGUCCAGCAGGGAAAAUCAGCAGCACAGUUUAACCUCUGAAUGUGGACCACUCGGCAGAUUUUCUUUUAACCUUUUCACUCUAUUUUUGUUUCGUUUAAAGGGCACCUUCGAACCUUGGUCACUACAGUAGAGCACUUUUAAGCUAGAGCACUUAACAUGUUUUACCACCAAGGAUCUCUUUAAGUACCUUGCUCGUGUCAACCUUAAAAUGUUCCAUAAAUUCUGUAAACAUUUGAAUGGGUGUAAUGUACAGUAUGUGCGCGGACAUGACUAUAAGAGUAACUAAUUUAACUCCUCUGCUGUGUACAGAGUGUACAGUUGUAAAUAUUGUUAUGAGGAUAAUCAAUGAAAUUGACUUCCUGUUUCCUCUAAAAAGGAGCAGCUUAUUCAAAAUGUUGUUGCUAGACACACGAAGGUAAGAGAAGGGCCAUCCAUGCUUUAUAUUUGUGUGUGACCCAAGGAUCAUGUGGUUUUUUUGUUCACGAUGUCAUGUGGCUGUAAGAAAAUACUCACUUCUGCUGUUGCUUUUGUUUUCUUUUUUUCCCACUACCAUUUUCGCUCAGUUUUGUUUCAAUUUUGUGCUGCUAUAAUUUCCUGUGCCACAGACUGAAAGGGUUGGAAAUGUCUCAUUAGUUAUCUUGGUUUGUUUUUUUUUAAACACUAUAAUUUGGACCACAAAGUUAGAAAUUCCCUCGAUGAAGUGUUUCUUCUCCGUGUGAUUCCUUUACAUGAUUUCUCUUCACCUCAGACCUUCAAAAACUCACUUCAUGGCUGCAUGCCCUUGAAAGCACCGUGCUCUGAAACAGAUGUGCUGGGGGGGGGGGGGAUGCUGGUCAGCCAUCUUGUAAGGACCAUAAGGGAAAAGUGUGCCUUCAUGACUUCUCGUGUCUUGUACAAGUGUCAACAUGCUAACUGUGUCCUUCAUCAUUUUGAUACAUGUAUCCAAAAUUAUAUUUGUAAUUUCUGUUGCUCACAAUCUGUAAGUGUCUAUUAAAUUACAUAUAUGAUAAAAA